CAACCUGCAACGGUGCAAACAUUGUAAGCCCUAGCAAAUAAGCAAGGGUGUUCAGGAAAAAAGGAAGUCGUAAAGUGGCUUUUAAAGUGCAAGUCUCUUUUAUGACUUAAUUAGUGGACUAAUUCCCCUUGCUUGAAAACACGAAAACUGAGGCUACAAUGACUUGGAAUAUUUUCCACAUAGAUGACUGUGACUCUUUAUGCACCAUCAUACUUCUGUAGAAGAUGCAUAUGGUUAAAGACUUGUGUUCUGUGUUCAGAAGCCUCUCAAAGGCUGGAUAUAAUGCCUCGCAAACGAAGAAGAUGCCAAUCAUCUGUCUGUAACAUGGGAUCAGAAAUUGUGGAACCAGAUAAUGCCAUCUCAACUGACGUGCUUCUGUCUUCAGAUCCUUGUACUUCUCCAAAUGUAGUUUCCUCAAAUUUGGUAGAUCUUAAACGGCUAACUUUCUUCCCUUUCAAUAGUUUACCAGCAGACUGCCAGCUUCACAUUUUCUCCUUUCUCUCAGAAGUGGAGAAAUGCAGGGCAGCACUAGUUUGCCAAAGCUGGAGUGUGCUGAUGCGCACACCUAGGCUUUGGCGAGUUGCUGACUUUGUGCGUUUAGGGGCUUUCCAUUCUGGCAUAGAUGAGGUCCUUGUGUCAACCCGGGAGUUUGAGAGGUGGAAGGAGUGGGUUUACCAAUAUGCUUAUCAUCUUACCUCACGUAGUGCUAGUCUUAUGGUACUUCAUGCUAGUUUUGACCUCAGUGACCAAAAGAGCAAGUGGAAAGACUUCCUUUUACAUUUUUUAGAGGGUAUUCACUGUAAUGACUUAGAGGUACUAGAUCUCAACUGGACCCUAACCUACUUGGAACCCAUUGAUUUUGGACCACAGGCCAGUAUGACAGGAGCAAGUUUAGUCAAAAUGGAGCAAAUGAAGAGCUUCCAGGUCUUACUGGAGAAGCUGACCCGAAGCUCACCAAAACUCACUAAAAUGAAGCUGCCGUUUGAUUGGUCCCAGCGUUCUGUGACCUUGCUGAGCCACUUUAAACAACUGUCUACUCUGGAGCUAAAGUACUUUUGGGUUUUUAAAGGUGUCUGUCCUAGCAUCAUGCGAGAGUUGACAAAUUCUUUGCCAAAUCUCAAGAACUUGACCCUUCAUGUUCUUGUGCCUGUUCGGGACCUGGGUAUCUCAUAUGCACUGGAAUCUAGAUCUUUGGAAUUUUUAGAUGUCUCACAGAGCCAUGGUUUAGUGUUUGGGUACCUCCAUCUGCCUUCAUUGAAAGAAUUAAGGAUAAAAAAGGCGGUCAGAGGCAUAAUCCUCAACCGCAGGACUCGAUUAGCACUUCAGAGCAAGUGGACAUGUUUGUACGAUUUACUGAAAAAGGGUACUCCAAACUUGCAGUUAAUAAAUGGAGAAAAACUUCUUCCUCAGUGGCGAGAGUUUGGAUACCAUGAACUGCAUGCAAUUUUGUUGCAGUCGUGUUACUGUCUAAAGCAUUCGGACACAUGGUUACUCUGAAAAGCUUCGGAGUUUCAAAGUUUGGGAAAGCUAUUUGGUUUAACAAAUGUGUAGUGAAAGCUUCUGAAGCAGUCUUGCUAACACUGCUAUUAAAAGAAUGCAUAGGGUUCAGUCUAAGCAUAUCUCACAGAUAAGCUGUUAUAUAGGAAAGACCUUUUCCCCUAGUCUGCUACAGAACAAUUUAAGAGUCUGUAGUGGGUUAAUUUCCAAAGAUGCUACUAGUUUUUGUUCAGUAGGAUACAGUAACCUUAGAAUGUCCUGCAUUCUGGCCAUGCAACAGCGAACUUAAAUAUAGUCAUCUAGAGUACAUUGUAAAAGUUGUGCUAUUCUGAUUAGGGAGCUUAUCUUUUCACUAUGGUUAUUGUUCAGUUAUGAAAGUGAAAUGGAGUACUCUGUUUUGGUUAGAAAGUUUCCAGAGUUAAUGUAGUUAAAUUGAUAUAGACCAUUAACCAUUUCCCCAUUUCUGAUGCAUGUAUGUAAGAAAUUUCUGCUUACAUUGCCUUUUUUCAAAAAAAAAUAUAUAUAAAUGAAAAUCAUAUGUGCAGUAUUGCAAAAACUGGUAGCCAAAAUAAAUAGUUUCUUUUGCGGGGUGGAGGGAGUGGAAGUAGAAUAAAAAUAUUCACAUUAAUUUCAGUUCAUUAGGUUUUGAGGAAUGAGUAAACAGAAAGGUAAAAUAUUGAUUGCACUUGAUGUCACAUCCUCUGAAAUGUUUUGAUAUUUUUGUAUUGCAUAACUUAUUUUUCUUCUAAUUAUGAAGAUGAACUCUUUGAAUAAAAUGAGUGUGAUCAAAAGAAAGGAGCUGGAUGUUGAGAGCAAGUUAUGUCCACCUUGCUCGUGGUGCUCAGGUUUUCACUAGGGUCACACUGUGUCUGACCAUUGUUUGACUUGCAGUCCCGCAGGGAGGAGUCAGUAGCUGAGUAAGUAGAAGGGAGCAGCAGAAGCCGUCUUGCCUAUCUUCUUUGGAGGGAAUCCCUUCUAUGGAUCUACUGCUCUACGCCUGGUAAUUAAUUUCACAACAAAGGGAGAUUGACACCCUGCCCCUGUGGUGCAUAGUGCUAAAGCCCCGACUCCUGUUUGGCGAGCAGCAUGAGCUGGGAAGGGAAUGGGCAGAGAGGAUGGUGAUAAGUGGUCAACAUCAGCUCACCCAGUCAGGGGGGCAGCUCAUCUCACUGCAUUGGUGACACCUGCUAGAGAGCUAGUGAAUCAGCUGCAGCAAGAAGCCUGGUUUGUUUACACUGUGUAACUGUGUGCUGCUUAGCUGGGAUGUUGCUCAUGUGACGUGACAUGCAUGCAUUUGCUGAAAGCAGCAGUUGUGGAGUACACAGGCUGACACAGUGAUGUGGACAGGACAGUCUGCAGGGUCGGUAGACAGGCCCACAUCACACUAACACAAAACUCAAAGACUUGCAUCUUCUGGGUAAUGAAUGAGCUUGGAGGACUCAGUCCCCAACAGAGGAUCAGAUAGGUCAGUUGAGUAGAAGGAGGAGGAGUCAUUGAGCUGAUCUGUGGAAUCCAAAAAUAAAAAAGUAAAAAGAAUCUGAUGAUUGAAAGGCCCAAACAGAUGGAGAUGGUAGUAUAGGUGCGUAUUGAAGUAUCCAUGUGACAUGUAAAUGUACAGUGUGUUGCUUUCUUUUGCACAUCUUGUGGUAGUGGCAGAGAGCAAGGGCAUGUGGAAAAUCUCAAAGCGCACCUUAAAGGAUCAUAGGAGGUUACUAGGCUAAUGGCCCUGGGGCCCUUACAAGCCUAGCCAAGAGUGUAUCCCCAAAAAGAAACCUCAGUCAGUACCUGUCGCCCCGUCAAUGAGGGACGCAGGUGAAACCCCCUGUUAAAAAUUUGUCAUUUCACAUCCACUCUUCAAGGUUGCGUUUGAAGAGGGUCAGCGAGGUACUCUGUUUGACAUGUAUGGGAAGUUUAUUCCAGAGACAAACCUCUCUCUCCAUCAGUUUUGUUGAUGUCGCAUAUAUGAUUCAGGCCUUUCAAGCAUGUAAUGCACGAGGCGUUAGACUUACAGAUAUGGAGCAUCUCUGGUAGGGCAGGGUCCACGAUUGCCUUGUAGGCGAGAGACAGAUUACCUCUGAGCAAUCUGUACGAUACCG